AACAAGGAAACUGGAGUAAUAAAGUUACAGAUACCAAUCGCAGACUCACAGUAGCAUUAACAAAACAUAGCACAAACCCUAGUUUCCUUCAGCCUCUUAUUCAUUCGAGUAAAAGACCGCCCCAGAACAUCAAAUUCAAACGGUUAUCAGUUAAUCAACAAAUUAGGGUUUCUGCCAACCUAGCAAUGGGGAAGAGAUCGAAAUCGAGAACGAAGUCGGAAUACUCAGAUGAUGAAGAAAAAACCGUCAAAAAACCCCAUAAAUCUCGUCGUAAAUCUUCGUUUGUGUUCAACGAUAGUGAUGAUGAAGAGGCUAACGAAGAUUUGAGUCUCAAAAUUGUCGAAAAGGCGAUGUCACGCGGCGCCAACGCCGCCAACGUGGGCGGAGACGUUAUCGUAACCACCGAACUGGUAGCGUCGGAUAUUGUCGAAAAGAAGGAGAGGAAGGAGAAGAAGGAAAAAAAGGAGAUAAAGAAGGAGAAAAGGAAGAAGAAGGUUAAGAAAGUCAAGACUGAAAGUCAAGUGGUCACACUCACACCGCUGAAGGAAGAAGAUAAAGUGGAUACAACAGACGAUGCAGAAGUCAUUAAGUUAUCCGGAUCAGAUGGUGUUGACAACUCCAACUCCAAUAAUGUUGUUUUACGAAGGCUUCUUCGUGGACCAAGAUACUUUGACCCUCCAGAUAAGAGCUGGGGAGCAUGUUUUAAUUGUGGGGAGGAAGGCCAUUCAGCAGUUAAUUGCACGUCGGCCAGGAGAAAGAAGCCUUGCUUCGUAUGUGGUAGUCUUGAGCAUGAGGUGAAACAAUGCCAAAAGGGAAAGGAUUGCUACAUAUGCAAGGGAGGGGGUCAUCGUGCUAAAGAUUGUCCACAAAAGUUUAAGCAAUGUUCUCAGGCCUCAGAUUUGUGUUUAAAAUGUGGCGCUUCUGCCCAUGCCAUGUCCUCAUGCAACAAUGGUUACUUGCAUGAUGAUCUCAAGGAAAUUCGAUGUUAUGUUUGCAAGAGGUUUGGACAUCUUUGCUGUGUGGACUACAUUGAUGCUCUGCUAAGUGAAGCUUCAUGUUUCAAAUGUGGUCAGUCAGGACAUGAUGGACAGGAAUGCAGAGGAUCACGGGGAGAGACAUCUUCUGCAGGCACACCCACAUCAUGCUUUAAGUGCGGAGAAGAAGGGCACUUUGCUCGUGAAUGCACAAAUUCUUCCAAGGCCAAUAAAAGAACCCGCGAUUUAUCAACUCCAACCAAGAAAUACACCAGAGACUACAACAAGGACAGCAAAGGAUUUAAAUCUGCUCCACAGGAUUUCGGCAAAAAUCAUAAGAGAUUGCAGUUUGACAAUGGAAGUCCUAAUUGGUCGAGUAAAUCUAACCGAGGGAGGAGCGGCUGGAUUACAGAUCACCCUGGUGAUUUCCCCCCUACAAAUGACUCAUAUGGCUGGAGAUCUCCUUCCACACCAAACAAGAAGCACAAGAUAUUUGGUUUGACUUCAGGUGGUCAGGGUUCAAACUCGCAGUCUUCAAAGAGACGAAGUAAGUUCAGUUCUGGCACUUCAAGUUCACAAGGGUAUUCAAACCCUUAUCAACAUAGAUUUUCCGCUUCAAGGUUUGGCAACUCCAGUACUGAUGGGAUGAGGAGAAACUACGAUUGGUGGUAGCAAUCAGUAUUUUGACUAUAAAAGCUCGGCUAAUGUAUCAGUGUUCUGUUUUUUUUUCUUUGCCAGCUUUUUUCUUUCAGUAGUUAGCAAUGGGAGCCACAUUUUGAUAGUAAAACUACAUUUUAGAUUCAAUAUAACCCCGAUUUCUGUCAUUUUCCAUAUGGAUUGAAUUAGUUAAUUUUGAAAAUUUUAUUACAGAGCAUUUAAUAGUGCAUACACUUGA